CGCUUGCUGGACGGACGGACGGACGGGGGGCGCGCGGCUGGCCGUCCCGUGCCCGCAGGCUGAGGAUGCAGCGCUGGAAGGCGGCGGCCUUGGCCUCGGUGCUGUGCAGCUCCGUGCUGUCCUUCUGGAUGUGCCGGGAGGGUCUGCUUCUCAGCCACCGUCUGAGGCCCGGGCUGGCCCCGCUGCGCCGCCUGCCCCGCGCCCUGGACGCCCGGAUCGCCCGCCUGGCCCAGUCCUGCUGCCGCCCGACGGCCUACGAGGACGAGGUGUCCUUCCUGGACGCGCACAGCCGCUACCACACGGUGCACGAGCUGUCGGCGCGCGAGUGCGCCUGCGUGUGACCCUACCUCACCGGGACCGACGAGGCGGCGGCCACGCCCCCCGCCCCGACGGCAGCCGCCGGACCGCCCGGCCGGCUCCGAGACAGACUGCGCAUGUGCAGAGGAUGCCGGCGAGGCCACGGGACUCUCGCGAUAACUGUGCUGAGAUAAAACGUGGGAAAUCGAA